GCGGGCCUUGGCGCCCCCGGAGCUGCCCGAAGACUUUUCUCUGCACUCGCGGGGGCGGAGAGCCCAGCUCUCUGGACGGCCUCUGGCGAGUGGCGGGGUUCUCGGGUGUCUCUGCAGUCCCCGAGCAGUUGCAGUCCCCCGGGCAGGCGCAGGAUGCGGUGGGGUCGCCAGGGGACCGCGCCGCGGCAGCUGGUGCUGCUGCUCUUUCAAGGCAUUUUGAGCUGUUGCGCAGCCUACAAUGUGGGUCUCCUGGAGGCGAAGGUGUUUUCCGGUCCUUCGAGCGAGCAGUUCGGUUACACGGUGCAGCAGCUCGUCAACCCCACGGGCAGCUGGUUGCUGAUCGGCUCACCCUGGAGCGGCUUCCCGGAGAGCCGGAUGGGAGACGUGUACCGAUGUCCCGUCGACCGGCCCACUGCGACCUGUGAAAAGCUCAAUUUGCAAACGUCCGUAAGCAUCCCCAACAUCACCGAGAUGAAAACCAACAUGAGCCUCGGCCUGACACUCACCAGGAACGUGGGGACCGGAGGGUUUCUCACGUGCGGCCCCCUGUUCGCGCAGCAGUGCGGGAGCCAGUAUUAUGCGACGGGCGUGUGCUCAGACGUCAGCCCGGACUUCCAGCGCUCGGCCAGCUUCUCCCCGGCCGUGCAGACCUGCACAUCCUACAUAGAUGUGGUGGUGGUGUGCGACGAGUCCAACAGCAUCUACCCCUGGGAGGCGGUGAAGAACUUCCUGGAAAAGUUCGUGCAAGGCCUGGAUGUAGGCCCCACCAAGACGCAGGUGGCGCUGAUCCAAUACGCCAACAAGCCAAGGGUCGUGUUCAACCUGAACACCUUCAAAACCAAAGCCAAAAUGAUAGCGGCGACGUCGAAGACGUUCCAGAACGGCGGGGACCUCACCAACACCUUCAAAGCAAUCAAAUACGCACGGGACUUCGCUUACACGCCGGAGGCCGGGGGGCGGCCUGGCGCCACCAGGGUCAUGGUGGUCGUGACCGACGGGGAGUCGCACGACGGCUCCAUGCUGAAGGACGUCAUCGAGCAGUGCAACGAGGACAGCAUCCUGAGGUUCGGGAUAGCAGUUCUAGGGUACUUGAACAGAAAUGCCCUCGACACGAAAAACUUAAUAAAAGAAAUUAAAGCCAUUGCCAGCGUUCCAACCGAAAGAUACUUUUUCAACGUGUCUGACGAGGCGGGUCUGCUGGAAAAGGCGGCGACCAUAGGAGAGCACAUUUUCAGCAUCGAAGGCACCGUCCAAGGAGGAGAUAAGUUCCAGAUGGAAAUGUCGCAAGUGGGAUUCAGCGCAGAUUACGCUCCUGAAAACGAUGUCCUGAUGCUGGGCGCCGUCGGAGCCUACGACUGGAGCGGGACCGUAGUUCAGCAGACGUCUCGCGGACCCCUGAUCUUCCCCAAGGAGGCCUUCGAGGAGAUUCUGCAAGACAGAAACCACAGCUCCUACUUAGGUUACUCUGUGGCCGCGAUCUCUACCGGGAGGGGGGUCCACUUCGUCGCGGGUGCCCCUCGGGCAAACUACACCGGCCAGAUAGUGCUCUACCGUGUCAGCGGCAGCGGCAACGUCACCGUGGUUCAGGCCCACAGAGGCGACCAGAUCGGCUCCUAUUUCGGCAGCGUGCUGUGCGCGGUCGACGUGGACGGAGACGGCGUGACGGACGUGCUCCUGGUGGGCGCGCCCAUGUACAUGAACAACCUGAAGAAGGAGGAGGGGCGCGUCUACCUGUUCACGAUCACGAAGGGCAUUCUGAACUGGCACCGGUUCCUGGAAGGCCCCGAGGGCGCGGAGAACGCUCGGUUCGGCUCGGCCAUCGCGGCUCUCUCGGACGUCAACAUGGACGGCCUCAACGACGUGAUCGUCGGGGCGCCCCUGGAGAACCACAACGCCGGUGCCGUGUACAUCUACAACGGCCACCAGGGCACCAUCCGCACCAAGUGCUCGCAGAAAAUCCUGGGAUCCGACAGAGCCUUCCGGAGCCCCCUGCAGUUCUUCGGCAGGUCCCUGGACGGCUACGCAGACCUCAAUGGGGACUCCAUCCCCGACGUGUCUGUCGGUGCCUUCGGGCGCGUGGUCCAGCUCUGGUCGCAGAGUAUCGCUGACGUGUCAAUGGAGGCCUCAUUCACACCAGAAAAGAUCUCUCUGUCCAACAAGAACGCCGAGGUGCGCCUGACGCUCUGCUUCAGUGCCAAGUUCAGGCCUCCCAAGCAGGACAACCGCGUGGCCAUCACAUACAACAUCACCAUCGACGCAGACCUGUACUCGUCCCGGGUCACCUCCAGGGGCUUGUUCCAGGAGAACAACGAGAGGACCCUGCAGAAGGACGUGGCCGUCGGCCAGGCACAGACUUGCUCCACGCUCGUCAUCAACAUCCAGGAGCCCUCGGACGUCGUCAGCCCCUUGGACCUGUGCGUGAACAUCAGCCUGGCGGCCCCCGGCUCCAGCCCCGCCCUGGAAGCCUACUCCGAGACCGCCAAGGUCUUCAGCGUCCCCUUCUACAAGGACUGCGGAGAGGACGGCGUGUGCAUCUCUGACCUCGUGCUCACGGUCCAACAGGUGCCGGCUGCUCAAGGCCAGCCCUUCGUGGUCAGCACGCAGAACAGGAGGCUGCCCUUCGCGGUGACGCUGAGGAACCAGAGGGAAAGUGCGUACAACACCAGGCUGGUGGUGGACUUCUCAGAGAACCUGUUUUUCGCAUCCAUGUCCCCGCCGGCGGAUGGGACAGAAGUCACGUGCCAGGUGGCAUCCUCUCAGAAGUCCGUGGCCUGCGAUGUGGGCUACCCCGCACUGAAGCAGGGACAACAGGUGACGUUUGCCAUCAACUUCGACUUCAACCUCCAAAACCUUCAGAACCAGGCGGCCGUCAGUUUCCGGGCCUCCAGCGAAAGCGAUGAGGAAAACACGGCGGACAAUUCAGUCGGCUUCAGAAUCCCUCUGCUGUACGAUGCCGACAUUCACAUAACGAGGUCGACCAACAUAAACUUUUACGAGGUCUCGCCAGACGGGAACGUCCCUUCCGUGGUGCGCAGUUUUGAAGACAUUGGCCCGAGCUUCACCUUCUCCAUUAAGGUGGCCACGGGAAGCAUCCCGGUGAGCAUGGCGUCCGUCACCGUCCGCGUGCCCCAGCACACCCAGGCCGGGAACCCGCUGCUGUACCUGACCGGCAUCCACACGGACCAGGCCGGUGACAUCAGCUGUGACGCCGACAUAAACCCCCUGAACAUAGGACAGACGUCUUCUCCCGUAUCUUUCAAGAGUGAAAACUUCCGGCACGUGAAAGAAUUGAACUGCAGGAUGGCCUCCUGCCAGAACGUCACCUGUUGGCUGAGGGACCCGCAGCUGAAAGCCGAGUACUUCCUCAACGUGUCCACCAGGCUCUGGAACGGGACGUUCGCCGCCUCCACGUUCCAGACCGUGCAGCUGACGGCCUCCGCGGAAGUGGAUACCUACAACCCGCAGGUGUACGUGAUCCAGGACAACGCCGUCACGAUUCCCGUUACGAUAAUGAGACCCCAUGAGAAAGCCGAAGUGCCCACCGGAGUCAUAGUAGGAAGUGUCAUUGCUGGAAUCCUGUUGCUGUUAGCCCUGGUUGCAAUUUUAUGGAAGCUCGGCUUCUUCAAAAGAAAAUACGAAAAAAUGGCCAAAAACCCAGAGGACGUGGACGAGACCACAGAGCUCAACAGCUGAGCGCCCGCCGCGCACCGGCCGUGAACCCGGCAGCCUCCCAGCCAGGGUCUGCUGCUGACGUGGAUUU